UCGAUAAAUGUCACGCGAUUUCCCCGUGAGAAGAGACCCAGUCGAAAACACCGUCGGAAAGAUCGACGAAAAAAGGUUUGAACGGCGACUCGAGUUGCAUUCGAGGAUCGAUAAUCACAGCUGAUCGAACUCGCCGUGUUCAGACGCGCAAAUGAUAACCACAGUCUUGAUCAGUCUAUGUAUCACACUCUCUAAUGGUUUCCGUGGACCUCAUCAUCCACGAAGCGCCGUCUCUCAUCAUCACUACGCUCCGCAGAAAGACGUUAAGAUAACACAAGAUGCAAAUCUACUACAGGAUACUACCCAUUUAAAAGAAGACAUGGGGUCUAUGGCAGAUGAUCUGGAUUUUUCAAACAUGACUGAACAGGAGAUAGAAUUCCACUACUUUAAAGUUCACGACAUUGACAAUAAUGCCAAAUUGGAUGGAUUAGAGAUUCUCCAUGCUAUUCAACAUACAUUUCAUGAAAAUCGGCUCGCCGACACUGAGCGUAAAAGUAUAACCGAAGAACCCAGAUUGACGAAUUAUGAAGAUGAUUUGCCAUGGAUUGUUGACUUGAUAGACAAGGUACUAAAGGAGGAUGAUUUAGAUAACGACGGAUAUCUUGGAUAUAUCGAAUACGUACUCGGUAGGCAGAGAGACCACAUUGCUCAAGCUAAGAGAGAUACUAAUCUAAGAAUUGGAAAAUAAAUUUCUCAUCUACGGACUAUGUUAAGAGAAACCUGCGCGACACACAAAUUUACAUCUAUAUGAAAUAUGCUUGAAAAGAUUUAUUUUUCAUUCAAUCCAUUUCUUUUGUAACAACUGUUUUCUUCUACUGAAAUAUACUGUAAUGUACCAAUCA